CUUAGUUUAGUUUAGGUGUAGGCAUUCCCGGGGACGCACAAAUCGGAUGGUGGUAUAAAUUGGACGGUGCGCAAAUGGAAAGCGCUUUAGCUCUGAGAUAUCAGUUGUAACCAGAUUUUAAGGGAAUAUAUGAGACAAAUUAUGCUUUUCGCAAAGGACACUACGGCAAGGCUUUGCGUGGUGUCCAAGGCACUCACUGGUAUUUGAGUUGUUUUAUUUAUUUAUUUUACCCGUGCAGUUUUUUUGGGGGGGGGGGGUAAUUUCCCUUAAAGUUGUUCGCAAAAAUUCUUGCUGCAGAGGGAGCGACAAAGGGGUUAAAGAGCGUAAAGCGAGGGAAAGUGAAUCAGGAUGGAAGAAAAUGAUCACGGCAAAAGAGAUGCGGUGGAGCGGCAGGAGUCGCCGGAUGAAUCCAACAGAGCCAUCCUCCCUCUAUUACAGGCGCCGGGGAACCUGCAGAUCCCGCACCGGGUCACCAAUUUCUUCAUCGACAACAUCCUGCGGCCGGACUUUGGACGGAAAAAGGAUGUGGCCGCGCACCGCAACGAGAGCAGCCCGGCGUCGCGGGAGAGCCGUGGCAGCCCCGCCGCCCCUCAGACCGAGCCGGUGGGCAGCACAGUGCCGGCGGAGGGGACCUCCACUCCGCACACGGCCACCGGGCCAAAGAAGCCCGCGAAAGCCGCCGAGGAGUCCCUGAAACCCAGCGUGGAGAACGGAGACCAGUGCCUAAGCUCAGACUCAGACAGUUCCCAAGCCAGCUCGAACCCAUCUAUGUCGCAGCCCAUGCUGUGGCCAGCCUGGGUCUACUGCACCAGAUACUCGGACAGGCCCUCUUCAGGGCCAAGAUCCCGCAAACCAAAGAAGAAAUCGACCAGCAAAGAGGACAAGCGACCACGGACGGCCUUCACAGCGGAGCAGCUGCAGAGACUAAAGUCGGAGUUCCAGACCAACCGGUACCUGACGGAGCAGAGGCGACAGAACCUGGCGCAGGAGCUGGGUCUGAACGAAUCCCAGAUAAAGAUCUGGUUUCAGAACAAGCGGGCCAAGAUCAAGAAGGCCACUGGCACCAAGAACAGUCUGGCCUUGCACCUGAUGGCGCAAGGACUGUACAAUCACGCCACCGUCACGUCGAAGGACGAGAAAUCAGACAGCGAUUGAUUCCCUGAGAAGUAAACAGCAGCCUCCUGACGAAAAAGAACCUAUAGUAAUCCUAUGAUAGAUUUAUAUGGAGAUUAAAAACUCUACUUACAGGAAUAUUUAAUGUUACCACUGCAGAUACUUUUAACUAUCACUCACUAUGGAUGUACACAAUGGCUCCAAGACACCACAACAAAUAAAUAGUCCCUACAAGAAUGUCUAACCCCACCAUAGGCCUCCGUAGGUUCCUAUGGGAAUAUUAUAGUGAUUUUUUUCGUUAUAUGGGAGGUGUAAUCAAGCCUACAAUGCAAUAAUAUGAUCGAAUAAAGGGCCAGUGUAUAGCCUAUACCAGCAUAAAUUGUUUUAAAAGAAACAGAGAGAUAUUUCUGCAAUAUCACGUCUAUAAAAGAUGUAUAAAGGUACGUUUUCAUUGUUUUUGUCGUGCCCGCCCCCUUCCUGGGGCUACAAAUGCUUACACUCUCCAUUUUUAUAAGCCGUAUAAGGAUUACUGCUAUCCAUGAUUGUCAUCCCGUUACAUUUUAACUAACUGGCACUUGACGUUUUUAUCUGUCAGUAAAGUCGGAAAUUAAUAAAAAGAAAAACUGAAGUCCAAAGAAUAUUUUUCUGCUGCAUCCAGGCUACUGUGAAUUUAAAUAUGCUAACAAGGUUUUUCUAAUGCCAUGCUCGCUUGGUUUUCUUGGUUGUUUUCUGCGUGUAAAACGGACAGUGAAAUUUGUUAGGGCUAAUUAGGCACUGCGUUAUUUUUUUUAUUAAAUUUUUUUCCCCCCAAGCAUUGUUGUAAUGCGGUUUGUUGAAAGUGACCAGUGGCAGUUCUUGCAUGAAUGGCACCCUGGGCGAGCUCCUACUUUGGCCACCCCAUGCACACAAAAAAAAAAUCAACAUUCUGCAAAAGAGCUUUUUUUAUUAUUAUGUGAUUUAGCAGAAACAUUUAGAAUUAAAAAUAUUGAUCAAAUAACAAUUGAACCUGAUACAUAUUUUUUGCAAUAUUUUUUAGAAGAGCGAGGGAUGCACCAAUUGAUUGGCUGUAGAUCGGAAUCAGACAAUUUUUUUCUGGAACAUCUCUCAUUGGGGAUUUUUAUUUUUCAGGUCUAUGAACACAUCAACAGCAUGUACUCUGCUGCACUUGUUCUUGGUUUAACAAAAAUCAAAUUAGAGAUGUUUGGGUUAUAUUCUUUGAUGCAAAAAUUGUGAUAAUCUUGUAAUUUCUACAUUUUCUGUUUGAAUCAAAUCUAAAUUUAACACAAAAAAACUGCAGAACAUUUUAUUUCCCCUUUUAUUUGUUUUAAUCGCUAACAAUAAAAUAUCUGAAUUCAUCAGUGUUGGAAUUGGCAUCUUACACCUCAUAGGAAACUGGAUAUCGGACAGGAAAAGUCUCAUCAGUGCAUCUCUAAUAAGAAUGCCCUUCUUCUCUAAAUAAUCCGUAAUCUUUGCAGAAAGAACUCUGUCUAGGUUUGUCCAGUCAGCAUAUUGUGGUUUUUAUCACUGUCUCAGUUUAAGUUGUUUUCCUUUUCUAUUUUUUUGUGUCAUGGCGCCACCCCCCCACACCCGCCCCAGACCAUGCCGCCCUGGGGAGAUAGCCAUAAAUCAAAAACCGCCACUGGAAGUGACAGAGAGAAAAUAGGUUUUCUUUUUCUUUUGUCUUUUUUAACCAACACGCAAAGGUAGGCCUUGUUUAUAUGAUUAUGGUCGUCUUACAGCCUUUAAACAAAUGUGCGUGCUCUCUGCGUUAUAUGCCAAUGCAUCAGUGCAGCUAUCAUAGUUUUAAAUAGCAAUAUAAAUCAUUUUUUGUAGCUAAGCAAAGGCUAUGAUGCUGCCUUUUGAGUCACAGAAAGAACUCUGUAGCAUAAAGACAAUGAUGACAACCAUUUGUGCGCACUCUUUAGACCUUUACAUGCAGGUUGUUGGAUGUUCUUGGUAAAUUUUUCUCUAUUUACAUUUUUAUUACAUAUCCAUAUAUCAUAAAAAGAAGGGAACUCCGUCAGUGACUGUAUUACAAAUGUUGGAAAUCUCUUAUCGUUGUUGAAAGGACUUCAUAUGUGUAUUUAUAUAGAUUAUAUUGAGAAAAAAAUCUAUCCAAUGAACAGUGUUGCUUUAGAGUAGAUAUCUGAGGUGUUUACACUGCUUGUUUAUCUUGCAAUAACUUCUUUUCGUUUUCCUUUUUUGUUUGCUUUUCUUUGUGAAUGAAAAAAAAAAAGUUUAUGGGGCCUUUUUUGCAUGAAAGCUGCAAUUUGUUGUACUUUGGGCAGAAACAACUGUGUUUAAUAACCUUGGUCUUUAUCAACAAAAAGUAUGAUUGAGUUUUAGACUGUAUCCAUACCAAAUUGUGGACUUUUUUGCCUUUUUUCAAUGUGUUUUCUUUCUUUUGUUGUGCAUCUGCAAAAAGUGUGUGUGAAUUAAAAAAAAGAAAGAAAAUCCACCAAACAGAAACACACUUUGCCUUAAAAAGUUCAAGUGGGAACUUUUUUUCCUGAAACAGAACUGUGCCGAAUCAGAGAAGCAGUGUUACUUCAAAUGCAGACUUACUCAAGUUUUAAUGCCUUUAUGAGAACUGCUGGUACGACAUUAUGAAUUUACUCAUCAGCGUAUAUCUAUCUAUAUAUGAACAUGUUUAAAUGAAAUUACAACACAGAGUUGUAGAAUACAAUGCUAUUUUUUAUUUUAUGUUGGAAGUAUUCUUUGGUAUAAAUGUACAUAAUUUGUAUCAUGUAUUAAUUGUGUAAUUAACUGCCUCCUGAAAAGCCGCAAAAGAAGAGUAAAUAAAACCUUGGAGAAUAUACA